AUACACGUUUGCGGUAUACGAUUCACGCAUUUGAAUUUACACGUUUGUACCGUUCUCCAGUUUGCGGCAGAAUGGGGAAAGACCUCGCCAUGAUUCAUAAAUCUUACAAAACGUGGUUGUGCAAUGCUGCACUGUUUGCUCUGAUCUGUGCUGCGUUUGCGGCAGGAGUACUGUUGGGCCCUCUUCUUACCCUUCGUGGAAAGGACGAAUUGAAGACCUCACAUUGCAGCCCGGACGGAGAUAAAACCUCGCAGUUCUCAAACAAUGCUCCAAGAGGUUCCAAAUCUGAAUGCAUUUCUCGAGAGCAAUUAGAAGACUUUAUGAAACAAUGGAGUCGUACCUUGGGUGAUUUGAUCGAGGACAAAAUGCUGAACGCUACCAAGAGGAAACUAAAUAGUGCAAUUAGGAAAUUUUCUAAAGACAGGGAUGUCCAAACGCAGAGAACAAUUGAAGCUUUGAUAAACAACAUGCUAGCUAACUGGACCUCUCAACUGUUACUGCAAAACAACGUGCAUAAGCCUUCAGAAAGACCGGUGACAGCUCGCUCGCAAGAAACCAAAAAACCCACAGAGAGGAAGACUGUUAAAUCGACCACUAAACCAGACCUGGAAGUGAUCGAAGUGGACUCUGUUGUGCCCACGACACAAGAUACGUCGGUCAAUAUUCCCGUACCCAUAGCUCUAUACCCCCUCAAUGGAAAAUACAAAACUUGGGACGUCAGCGGACGGAGCAAUCCCAACGGCAAUGCGCACGGGGUUCGACUCACCCCAGGACCGGAUGGACAUCCUCAAGGCUCGUACCAGUUUUCUGGGAAGAGCAACAGCUUCAUUGAAUUUCCAAACACAGGUGCACUGACUGCAAAGUAUUCCAUAACUCUUCUUGCCUGGGUUUAUGUCGAGUCUAAAGGUGGACCUAUAUUUAACUACAAUCCGCAGGGGUGGGGUGUUAGUUUGUGGAUCAAUUCAAAACGUUUCCUCACCGCUAAAUUUAUUGAGGACGAUGGUGGUUGUAGGACGUGUUUAGUUAGCGCGCUGCCGUUUAAAGAAAACGUCUGGAGUUAUGUGGGGAUGUCUUACGACCACACCAGUGGCAUUGCUAAGCUCUGGGUGAAUGGACGUGUAAGCAGUCAGAGAAAUAUUGGAACAACGAUUGGAGGUCUGUCAACAUCGUGGAAUGUGAGGAUGGGUGCGCGCGCUGCGAAGGAUGGGAACUAUUUUAAAGGUCGGAUAUCCCGGAUGCAAGUCUACGACAGGGCACUGACUCAACGUGAAGUCGAGGUUGUUGCAAAUACUAUUACAGCUGGGAUCUGCCCACAAGGAUGGACGGGAUUUCACUCAUCGUGUUAUUUGUUGUUCAACCGGUUGACAAACCAGUGGAAUCAAGCCAGACAGGUUUGUCGAGAGCACGGAGGAGACCUGGUCAAGAUCGAAUCUCCAGAGGAAAACCAUUUCGUGUACACACUGGCACAUUACAAAGCUGCCAAUAAAAAGUACAUGUGGAUAGGCUUACUACGUGGCUCAUCGAGUGAGCAGUUUGCCUGGGUGCACACCCCUCCUCCAAUCCUGUACUCCAAUUGGGCAACGGAAGAACCGAACAACCUCCACGGACGAGGCGAAAACUGCGGCCAUAUUUACAUCUGGAAAGGCGAUAAGGCCAUGCUGUGGAACGACGAACUCUGUGUCAACCCGACGAUCGGUCCAAUGAUUUUCAUGUGCGAGAUGAAACCGCUGGAUCUUGGGCUCGAACCGAUUAAAUCUGGAAACUCAAUCAACCAAGUGGGCUCCGGCGAAGGGGAGUCUGGGUCGGGAGAGCCCGCGAGUGGAUGGGCCAGCGGAGACGUUAAAAACUUCCCGUCCAGACUGGACUAAGUCGAGAUAAAGUAAAUUAUAGAGUAAAUCCUGGAAAAGAACAUCGCGCUUAGGAAUGUACAUAAUCCGUCGCUUUUAGAGAGUCAAGGUUGUAAGGCCAAGAACCGCGGAUGGACAUAACCGAACCCCUUGGGGAUGAUAUGGCAAACAAAGAGCAAAACGUCUUUGUACCCGAUAUAAUAAAAGGGUUUAACAACGAGACCAAUCAAAA